UUGAGGUUAGGCGUCAGGUGAAACUCGCUCUGGGAGGAAGAACAGACAGAUAAAACUAACUUCGCAUGAACUUUCUUGGACGUUUUUUAUACUAUUUAUGAAUUUAUCCACCAAAGGAAACUUUUAAUAUCCACCACCAUCACCUUGCAAGAUGAAGAGCCUGAAGUAUCGAUUGAAAAAGCACGAAGUUACCAUCACAAACACAGACUGGAACAAGUAUGAUGACCGGCUGAUGAAGGCCGUGGAGCGCAGAGAGUUGGACAAGGUGGCUGCUGUUCUCAGCAAGAAGGGCAUCAUCCCAACCAAGCUCGACGUGGAAGGGCGCUCAGCGUUUCAUUUGGCUGCAACGCGAGGACACCUGGAGUGUCUUAACCUCAUCCUGGGACACAGCGUGGAUGUCACUGCGACUGAUGCCACGGGUAAAAAUGCUCUCCAUCUGUCAUCAAGACAUGGACAUUCUCUGUGUGUGCAGAAACUCUUGCAGCACAACAGUCCAGUUGGAAAUGUGGACCUACAAGGAAGAACAGCUCUACAUGAUGCUGUCAUGGCUGGCUGCUCCUCCAGUGUGAAACUACUCUGUGACAGCGGCGCUUCUGUGAAUGCCACUGAUUUUGAUGGCAGGACACCUCUGGUACUGGCAACCCAGAUGUGUCAUCCACGUAUCUGUCAGCUCCUGCUGGAGCGAGGGGCCGACUUCACCACCCGCGACAAACAGAACAAGACUGCGCUGAUCCUGGGCUGCGAGUACAGCUGUAAGGAUGCAGUGGAGGUGUUGCUGAAGAGCGGCUCUGACGUGAAGGCAGUCGACAGCUUAGGUCACGACGCUUUCCACUACGCUCGCAUCAGCAAGAACAUGGAGCUUGUUGCGAUGGUCAAAAGUUACCUGGACAAAUCCACCAGAGAUAAGGAGGCUGCAAAGAUGGAACAGUGGAAGCGACAGCAUUCAGUGGAGAAAUCAGAGGCAGCUGAGGUUAACCAAAGGGAUCAGGUCAUACAUGACUUGGAGAGGCAGAACGAGGGCCUGCAGGAGAAUCUCAGGAAAUACCAACAGGAUCAGAGAGCCCUGCUGGAUAAGGUCAACAUGCUGCAGCAACAGCUAACACAGGAAAAGAUCACUGUAGGAGACACUCAGAAAGAGAAGGACCAGUUGAAAGUGCUACGUGGUACCAAAGAAAGAGAGGAAGGGGCUCGAGGCCCAGAGACGGUCAAAGUCCAGCUCCGGAGUACUUUGGGAGAUUACUCUGGACAGUCUGUCAUCAAAGGUAAAGAAAACAUUUUGGUGAAACAAGCUCACAGCCUGGAUUCUGAUCAGAUGCUCAAGAAUCCUUCCAUGGCGCGUUCGCUUUCCAGAUCUUCAGAGAAGGGUCCGUCCACUGUGGGCUGGGCAGUCUCUGGGGAACUGGACGCACUCCUACAAGAACUUGAUGAGGUCAAGAAAAGAAAGCAUGCUUCGGAUGAAGAUGCGGCACGGCUUCAAUCCGCCCUGAACCGUAAAAACCGAGAGUGCCAGGAGCUGGUCCAGAGCCGAGACACCAUCCAGAAACAGGCCGACCAGCAGGUCCAAGAGCUGGAGGACGCCCUGGGCGACGUCCAGAAGAGGAUGCUGGACUCUGAGUGUAAGGUCAAACAGCUGCAGGCCCAUGUAGUCGCUGUUAAGGAACACCUGGGGGGCCAGGGGGCCGAAGAGUUGCGCGCCCAGCUCCAGGACAUCAAGGCCAAGUAUGAAGGAGCUUCCGCCGAAGUGGGUCGCAUUCGUAAUCGCCUGAAACAGAGCGAGAAGGCCUUGGAGGAGUACAAGAGCAGCGAGAACCAGCUGGCAACAGAGGCAGAAAGUCUGAACCAAGAUCUGCAGGCGCUGACUGCAGAAAGAGAUGAACUAGCAGAAGCCUUUUUAGAAAUGGAAACCAAUUUGAAGGAGACCCUGGCUAAACAGGGCCACACGGUACCAGCUGAGAAGUUUGACAACAUGAAGAACCUGCUGAGCAACGCAGUCGACGAGAAGGAACGGCAGAUCGCCGAGCUGAGGGAGGACUACGAUCGCGUGCUGGAGGAAGUGGCAGAGCUCCACCGAAAGCUGGACAUUCCCUCAUCCCAGGGAGGAGCGGGGGCUUCUGAGGAGCAGCAGAGGAUCCUGAAGGCUCUCGAAGAGCAGAAUGCUUCUCUGAAAAGGAAACUGGUGGACGUGACCACCAGGAGCCAGUCUCUCAUUCAGGAGGUGGAGGAGAGUGAGGAGGAGAGAGAUAUACUACGAGAGCAGCUGGACGAGCUCAACAGCAGGAUGGAGAGCGACUUCGUACCCAUGACGAUGCACGAUGAAGCCCGGGGGAACAUGGUGACAGCUUUGGAGGAGUUAGAGGACAAACUGGUAGAAGCCAGCGAACGUUACGGAAAAGCAGAGGCGCAAGUCCAGCAGCUUGAGAGCGAGAGGAUAGCGCUGCAGGAGACCGUGAGCAGUGUGCAGAGCGCCAGCGAGAGACACCAAGGUGAGAUGGACGCUCUGAGGUCUCAGAAUGCCGACAUGAUGAAGAAACUUGAAGCUUUGCAGAGCAGAUGUGAAGACAGAGAUAAAGAGUGUGUGCAGCUGAGCACGCAGAGCCAGACUCUGAAACAGAGCUUGGAGGGAGAGUACGUUCCCAGGCAGCAGCACGAGCAAGUGAAGAUGGAGUUGAGCUCCACCUUGGAGAGAGCCAAAGCUGAGAUAUUGAAGUUGGAGACCAAGGGAAAAGAAAGUGCAGAAGAAUUAAAGAAUAUGAAAGAAGGAAACGAUAAGUCGACAGAAAAGUUGGACAAAGCCCUGUUGGAGAUGAAAAAAGAAUAUAUAAGUGUAAAAGAGCACAAAGCUAUCGCAGACAAGCUGAAUGCUGCAAUUGUGGAGGCAGAGAACAAAGCUAACGAAGUGUCAGGGAGGUAUGUGUCCGCUCAGGAGGAAACCAUCAAGCUCACCCAAGAACUGGAGGCGCAGAAGAAAGAACUCGAUACCAUUCAGGAGGCUAUUCUGUCAAAGUUCAUCCCACUGACGGCGGCGGAGGAGAAGGAACACUCUCACAGUGCCAAGGUGAAGGAGUUGACAGUGAAGCUGUUGGAAAUAGAAGAGAAGUAUAACAAAGAGAGGUCUGUCAAUGAGGGCAACCAACAGGAGAAAGACAAACUAAAGGUUGACAGUGAAUCUGUCCAACAGAGACUAGACUCUGCCAGUGAAAAGCACAAGAAUGUGGAGAAAGAGUUCAAGGGUAAAAUUGAGGAAUUAACUCAGAAGUUGGCCAGCUUGGAGCAGCAGCACAAGGAGGCAACGCUUCAGAAGGCUGAUCUUCAAGAGCAGAAGGCCCUGAGCAAGGCUCAGAUCCAGACCCUCCAGGAGCGUCUGAAAGCAGAGUUAACUCGGAUAGCAACAUACGACACGGAGCUUAAAGCCCUCCAUGACGCCAUGCAGCAAGCACAGGCCGACUGCAAGAAAGCCAGAGAGGCUCAGCAGGAGGAGGCCCAGAGGGUGGGCGCCUUACAGAGAGAGGUUCAGGAACGCCGCGGGGAUCAAGCGUCUCUGCUGCAUCAUCAAGCCGAGGCCCAGGACGCCCUGCAGGCCGAGGUCGCCCAGCUUCGAUUGGCUCUCCGCGAAGAGGAGGAGAACAACGCCCAGAGAGCCGAAGAUGUGUCUGCCCUGCAAUCUGAGCUCCUGCAGGCCACACAGGCUCUGGAGAAUCACCGCUACAAAGAAGACCAAAUAAACCAGCUGAAGAAGGAGAAGCAGCAGCUGGAGGAGCAGGCCAACGCCCUGAGCAGCAAACUACUGAGCUCCACAGAGGGGGGAGACGAGGCGCGCAGGGAGGCCCAGCACGCCAGGGAGGGGGAGGGCAGGGCCCGCACAGAGAUGGAGGAGGUCCAGGAGAAGGGACGCGCCAUCGAGAGGGAAGUGAGGGAGCUGAAGGAGCGAUACGACGAGUCGCUCGGCACCAUCUGUGAUCUAAAGAAGAGGAUACAGACGUCAGCGCAGCAGACUGAAGCCAAAGACAGGAAGAUCACAGAGUUGCUGACAGAUGUUGAGCGGUUGAAGCAGGCGCUGAACGGUCUGUCCCAGCUGGCAAUCACAAGCAACGCGCCCAACAAGAGGCAGACGCAGCACAUCGACACACUCCACGCCCAGAUCAAGAACCUGCAGCAACAGCUGGCUGAUGCUGAGAGGCAACACAGGGAGGUGGUUUCCAUUUAUAGGACGCAUCUUCUCAGUGCAGCACAGGGCCACAUGGAUGAAGACGUCCAGGCCGCCUUACUACAGAUCAUCCGCAUGAGACAGGAGUUUGUGUGUUAAAGCUUCCUCCGUCGAAACAAAACGCUGCCUUCGGACUCAAAACCAUCAUUCUCCCAUCCUCUUCCUCUGCUGAGCCCCCUGCUGUGGCCCCUGUGGGUGCCCAGUGUGUGUGUGUGAGUGUGUGUGUGUGUGUGUGUGUGUGUGUGUGUAUGCGACUAUGUGUUUGUCAUCCGGCACAAUUUCUCCAAACAGGCAAUGUUUUGUGGUAUCCCCUCUUUGGUUCCCAAAUCUACAUUUUUAGGGUAAAA